UUCUUCCGCUCGCUGCGCAUUAUCUAUCACGUCUCAGCCUUCCCAACAUCGUCGGGCCCUUUCGCCCCCAUCUCCCCUUCCCCCGCCCUCCCCACAGCUGCCCCCGCCCGUUAUAACAGUCCACGCGCGACCUCUCAGCGGACUCACUCGUUGCAGAACAGUUUGUUGUAUGCGUCCGACUGCGCGCACGAAUUUUCUUCCGCGCAGGACCGAACAUCCCAUCCACCGACUUUCGCCGCCGCGCUCAUGCCGCGCUCAACGUCCGGGGUCCCCUCCUCAUCCCGAAGGCCCACACGUUCUUCUCCUGCCGGUCCCUCAAAAGCUGUUUCUCUAAGCGACUCUUCAGCCAACCAGUCUCGCACGCGUCAUGGCGCGUCACCGCCCCCCGCUGGCGUCUAUUGGGCACGCGUCGCGACAAAUGCGGGCGUCUACGGGCAGAACGGAUUGCACGGCGGAGAGGUGACGUCAGAAAUGUCAGGCACGGCGGUGAUGCCACUGCAAGGUGUCAUCAUGGAGACUGCUGCAACGCCUGUCUCGCCGGCCUUUGAAGCAAAGCCACGACACGGGUACCGAGAGAUGAGUUCUGCAUACGCCAUCAACACGACCAACGCGACCUACCCCGCGCAACCCACGACGACGACCGCUCUACAUCCAACAAACACGGCGGAAGCGAGCGGUAGCAGAGAGAAGAUCGGCCCGAAGACACGGACGAACACUUCGGCGAGUAAUACGUCAGCGGGGUCGAGAAGCAGUGCUGCGACGACGGCGAGCUCCACCUCGGCGAGCACGAGCUCGAGCGCGAUGGCGAGUACGGCGGCGAGCAGCGCGAGCUGCACGAGCGGCAGUCCGGGCUGGCGAAGCAGCGUCGGGUCGACGCCACCAACGAGCCCGGGCCUGAGCGAUGCGUCGCACUUCAAGGGCUACUUCCAGGGGGAGGCGCAGCCCCCUUUGAGGCAGGAGCGGGAGGCUGUGCUGAGUGACUUGAUAAGCGAGGAGGGGGUGGUGAGGGAGAAGGCGAUGAGUCUGGAUGGCCACAGUGACGUGCGGGGGACGAUGAAGCGCGCAAAACUCACGAAGCGACGACCAGCAUCGAUGACCGUCGAAGUCAAGGAUAGGCUGAGCGACAACCCCAGGCGGAACGCAGACGGGACAAGGAAGAGUCUCGACCCCGAUAUGCGGCCGAGUCGCGCGAAGAGCAUCCUGGGCAUCAAGAUUAAGCACACGCCGCGCUCGAGGUCGAAAAGCAAGGACGCACCUGUGAGCAGGUCGCGCGAGAUGGAGCGGCUGGAGGAAGGGAAGGAGAAGGAGUUCUUGCCGCCUGUGAGGCAGCCGUCGCCGCUUUGGGCAGGCUCGUCGGGGAAGGUGCGCUUCUACGCUGUGCAAC